AUGUUGAGGCCAAAUGUCGUCCCAAACCUCAACGCGCGCAAGGAAGACUGCAAGAGCCAGGAGCUUCACACUUUGCUCAAACAGUUCGAAGACGUGUUUCCGCCAGGUUUAGGACUAUACAAGGGUCCAUCUGUGAAGCAUAUCCUCAAGGAAAAUGCCACGCCCCGCUUUUGCAAAGCACGCACGGAGACAUACGCUUUGACAACCAAGGUGUCUGCUGCUUUGGACCGAUUGGUUACCGACGCUGUGAUAUCACCAGUUAUGGCAGCGAAUUGGGCAACGCCAGUGGUUCCAGUUGUUAAGACUGAUGGGUCCAUUCGACUGUGUGGAGAUUUUCGCCUGACAGUAAACACGGCCACAGUGACUGAGCAGUACCCACUACCUCAUGUGGAUGACAUCUUCACAUGA